UAUGGUAUGCUUAAAAGUUCUCAGUCACACACCGACCUUGGAAUUGAUUAAGCUCGAGAAACAUUUCAUCGCAAUAAAGCACCUGAACGGACAAGACACACUGCCAACACCCGCUGCGGUCGGGCCCUCUCAACUUCAAGUCUCACCCGGAGACUUUUCAUACGCACUCGCGCCUGGCGACUCGACUCACACUCAUCAAACCAUUCACCGCCAUCCCAACCACGAAAUCAUCUCCAAAUCGUAACGUCUGUCCUCGCCCGGCUCGAGGCGCCAUGUCUUCUGAGACGACCCCCCACGCAGCCCAAAAGCGUCGGGCUUGCGACGAGUGCCGGACUCGCAAGCUGGCAUGUUCCAAAGAGCCCGCUGGCUGCGCCCGAUGCUGCCGCGAGGGUAUCAAAUGUCAUUACUCUCCACAGAAGCCUAUGGGCCGGCCUCGCAAGAGGCGCCUGGUCGAGGACGCCAGCCUGGACGACGCAGUGCCCCUACCCGUAGAAAAUGUGCCCAUAUCAACUGCGUUUCCCGAGAUCGACUCCGUUAUCCAACCGGACUUCUUCGCACAGGAUCAUGCCUUUGACUUUUUGGACCCUGCGCCCACCAGUCUGGAUUAUCUAAACCUCUUACCGUACGACUUGAGUGACACGACAGCCUUGGAUCCGCAGCUCCUCCUACCACAAGAUGCCGCGCAACCACCCCUGGAUCUGGGCGAUGUCGACCUAUUGGACAGCAUCAACUUUGAUGACGACCAAGAGCCCGACCCCUCUAGUGUAGCCGCGCCCUCGACGCACGGCGAACGGGUGCUGCGCUUCUGGCAGACUCAGCUGCAGCCGCAGGGCCAGUCACACAACGACACAUCCGACAGGUCGGCCUCUCCAUCAAGCGGUCCGUCCAACUCUGCCUCAUCGCCUCCGUCCCAGCACAACACCACGUCGGUCGAGACCUCGCCCUCGCCGGGGUUCAAGCCCGUGCGCUCCAUCGAGUGCGGCUGCCUGUCCGUGCUGUACCGCACCCUCGAGUCGCUGUCGCGCCUGCCAUCGGACAUACCCAGCGCCGUGCGCAUCGCGCGACGUGCCACCGAGGUGGCCCAUCAGACCAUCCGAUGCCCCGUCUGCGGCGACCCCCAGACCCACGACCCGCUGGAGGCGCCGCCGAUCCAGUGCUACCAGAACAUGAUGCUCGUCGUCACCCUCAUACCCUCCGCCUGCAACGCCUACGCCAUGAUCCUAGACAUGAUCGACAAGGAGACGGACGGCGCGCGGCGCGACGGGCGGCAGAUGUGGUUCAGUUUCCAGGAGCUGGGCGGUCUGAUGGGCCGCGUGGGCGAGCAUGACGGGUGUGCGAGCAUGCGGGCCCUGAACAACCGGCCGAUGGAGCCGGGCAUGUGGAGGACGACGAUGCGGGCCAUCCUACGGCUGGACGUGUACGGGUACCACCCGACGCCGGGCGAGGCCGACGAUUUCGGGUUCCAGUCGCAAGGGCUCAAGGACGUGGUGACGGCGAUGGAGGACCGGAGUCGACGACGGCACGCCAUCAUGGACAAGCUGUUGGCAGACGGCAAGACCCCGCACGACAAUAUGUUUUAUCGCCAUGAUGCGAAGACCGCACAUAAACCGGUGCCCGAGGAGGAGCGCAGCUGUAUGCGGGUGCUGGACUCGGCGCGCGUGGCACUGGAGAACUUGGUCAUUGCGUGAGUCACGGAGAACAGGGGUAAGGGGCGCCAGCGCAUGUUAC